GUGCGAUUCGAAAAUGGCUGGGAAGCGUAAGGGGAAACGGGGAAGAUCAAAAUCUUCAGAUAUGGUAGCAGAAGAGGCCCACAUAGGUGCAGCCCUGUUACCUACAGCUGCCUUCCUGGCAGUGCCUCGCACCCCGCCCCCACAGACUCCCCCAGGCACUGGGGUCGGUCUUUCCUCGACUGUCUUCAACUCCAGCAUGGUUGGUCGCAUGGCGGCACAACCACAGCCUCUUUCUGAUGAUGAACCCUUUAGCGACCCCGAGAGCAGUCUCUAUGACUACCAGCAAAUGGAGGAACCAGGGUAUUCUAGUGUUGAUUUUGGAACAUGUCAAAAAGACAAACGGAAUACCAUAUCAAAUAGAGCACCAGCACGCAUCCCCUCCACUGGGAGUUUGAGGAGGGGCAGGGAGCAUGAUGUGGACGACUUUAGAGGUGAAGGCCAAGGACCAGGGGGAACAUUCUACCACGAGCUGGAAAGAACAGACAUCAACCAGAAUGACGUGGAUCUGUAUGCUGUGCCUAACAAACCAAGGUUAAAAGGGAAGACUGCCAGGGAUAUUGGCGCCGGAGGAGGGAUGGUGGAUGAGACCUUCGUCAAGUCCCACGGUGGAGAGCUGCAGGGCUCCAUGAUGGGGACAACACGCGAUGUACGAGAGGCCAUGCAAGCUGUUCAUGAUAUGCCUGAGUUUGACGUUGAUGAGGUGACAAUGAGAAAAGUGCCUGGAGGUCAUCGCCAUGGCAGUCCCAUCAUGCACCGUGGCAGCAGGAGAGGCUCCACACGGCAAGACAAUAACAUGAAUAAUUUGAGUGAUGGCCAAGCUGUAUCUCAGCCAGACAAGCAGACUCGGCCUGUGCAGGAAUGGCUGGAGAAAAAUGUUGUGGCAGGUACCUCCAACUCAAAACAGCCUCCAGAAUACAACCAAACUGUUAGUGAAGAAAUGUUGCAGGCCAACACUCAGAGCCUAACCAAUAAUGAAACAGUGUUCUCAUCGACCCAGUCAGCACGUGUGACUGUGAAGGAACGAAUCGUGGGCAUCGAGAUGGAGAACCAUCGACUGAGAGACACUGUUCAGGACCAGGAGACGGAACUCCAUUCUCUCCGCCAGGUGGCGUCGGCUGUCAAGGAGGGAGACACGGAGAGUGCGACCUCGCUGUUGUUUCGGAAGCAAAUAGAGGAGAUGAAGGAGGAGAAUGAGGUUCUCAAACAGUCCGUGCACAAACUCAACAUUGAGCUGAGCCAGAAACAGGCGGUAAAUGAUGCUUCCAGACUUGCAUCUCAGUCAAGAGAGUUCAGUGGCCUUCCCAACAGGGGCCCUAUUCCAUCCUGGCUGAUCAACAAGAAGUACCUUGCCCCCCUGUUCAUUGCCUACGAUGCCAGGCUGAAGGAGAAGGAUGAUGUCAUCAGGCAGUAUCAGGAGGAGCUACAGAGUCUGAAGCGUCGGGCCGAGGACAUCGUGAAGGAGAACCAGAAACUCCACAUGGGGCAGUCUGGCAGAGGAGCUCUCAGCAUGACAGAGUGGCAGCAGCUACAGGAGCAGGCCAAGCUUGUCCUGGAGGAGAAUCAGGUUCUUAUGGAACAGAUCGAGAUCAACCAACUCAAGUCCAAGGAAAUGUUCAAUGCCCACUUGCAGGAAGUGUCCAGGCUGACGAAGAAGCUGAGUGUAUCCGAGUCUGAAAAGUUGGAGAUGGAGCGAGACCAGGAGGCCACCAGACUGAAGUUCUCCGAGCUGCGACACAAACAUGACGCUCUCCUCCUCACCACCGGCAGCCAGGUGACCGUGCAGGACCACAUCAACACCAUCGCCGACAUCAAGAGGUCUUUGACGGAGGAGAAAGAGCAGCACUUUCAAGAAACGGAAACUUUUCGCAAUAGGAUAAAGGCCUUGGAGGAGGAGAGAAGGAGUCUGGCGGUGAGGAACACAGAUUUUUUGGCAGAGAACAAGAGACUCCAUGCAGAGAUCAAGGCUCUUCACAAGGCUGUCAGGCGGGCGCAGCAGAAGUUGAUGGUGUUCCAGUCUGCAAUGGAGCAGUCGGAGGACAAGGAGAUGACUACCCAGGAGUACCUUGCCACUGUCAUCAAGCUGGCUGAAAAAACUGCAGCAGAAAGGGAUACUUAUGCUAAAGUUGCCAAGGAGCAGCAGAGUGAGAGUAAGCGAGCCAUGAACAAGAUGUUGGCCAGAACUGUCACGGUCGGCAAGCUGGAGGAGAAGCUAAAGCUGUACAAGAUGAAGGCAGCAGCUAAACUCUCCACUGUGGCUGACAGGCUCAAGGAGCAGGAUGAAUCCUUCAACAGCCAGAAGCAGGAGUAUGAGAGGGAGAUCAAGCACCUGCGCCUCGUCCUGCAGGACAAGGAUGGGGUGCUACUCAACAUGGUGCAUGACAAGAGAGAAGUGGAGAGUGACCUCGAGCACAUGUGGCAAGCUGCCAACUCAGAAAAUCUUCGCAUGAAGGACACGAUGAGGAAAAGUCUUCGGAAGCUCCGAGAACAUUCAGGUCUGAGAGAUGUGGUGGAAGACGUAGAUAAACAGGAACUAUUACACUUGUCCAGUGAUGAGGAACACUGAGUGCCUUACCAGUACCUUGCCAGUCAGGGAGGCCAGUUUUAUACCGACGCAGGAGAUACACAAGUGUGCAUGCUUCCUUCAGCCAUGACGCAUGUUAAGCCUGGAAGCCCUUGCUAUGAGAAGUUACAAUAUAUGUCUCUGAAAUUAUUGAAACAAAGAUGCAAUCUCAUUAAAAUCAGACCUUAGUUCUUGCUACCACACAACAAAGAUCUGAGGACAUCCCGGUAGGGGUC